ACUUGGGUAAGCUGAUGACCAACUUGAGAAGCACCCAUCCUCACUUUGUGCGUUGCCUGAUUCCCAAUGAGUCAAAGACUCCAGGUUUGAUGGAGAACUUCCUGGUCAUCCACCAGCUCAGGUGUAACGGUGUGCUGGAGGGUAUCAGAAUUUGCAGGAAAGGUUUCCCCAGCAGAAUCCUCUACGGUGACUUCAAACAGAGAUACAAGGUGCUGAAUGCCAGUGUCAUCCCUGAGGGACAGUUCAUUGACAACAAGAAGGCCUCAGAGAAGCUGCUUGGAUCAAUCGAUGUCAACCAUGAUGAGUACAGAUUUGGACACACCAAGGUUAGUGUUGAUACUUUUUGUUUGUUUGUUUUUACUAAUGUUACUGUUCAUUCAUUUUCCUGA